UCCGACUAACCGUCAUUUACAAUCAUCUCCGAGUCCUCGUUUCGCAAUCCAUACAAUCAUAGAAAUGGCAGAAUCUGGGUCUGUUCCUGACAAGUCCGUUCAGGUCAAGCUUGUUCUUCUAGGUGAAGCUGCAGUCGGGAAGUCAUCCGUGGUCCUUCGUUUUGUUUCCAACGAGUUCCAGGCCAAUAAGGAACCCACCAUUGGCGCCGCUUUUUUGACUCAAAAAUGCCGUUUGGAAGAUAGGGUGCUAAGAUACGAGAUAUGGGAUACAGCUGGACAGGAGAGAUUCCACUCACUAGCCCCCAUGUACUACCGAAAUGCUCAAGCGGCCGUAGUCGUCUAUGAUGUGACCAAGGCCACGAGUCUCGAGAAGGCCAAAUCAUGGGUCAAAGAGCUUCAACGACAAGCCAAUCCUAAUAUCGUUAUCGCAUUAGCUGGCAACAAGGUUGAUCUCGUCCAACCCUCAGCCUCAUCGUCUGGAAACAAUUCAGAAUCUGAAGAUGAAGCUGACGACGCUACAGCCACCCCAGGAGAGGCACCGUCUGGUGAAUCGGAAAGUCUGAGGCAGGUUCCCCGCGAGGAAGCGCAGGCGUAUGCAACCGAGGCUGGUUUGCUCUUUUUUGAGACUAGUGCCAAGACUGGUGAGGGUAUCGUUGAUUUAUUCACGGAAAUCGCAAGAAAGAUACCUAUCGAGCAUAUUUUGGCGUCUACCCGUGGCGCGGGUAGAGCUGGGCCAGGUGCAAACCGAGCAGGUGUCUCACGACAAGAGGGUGGUGUGAAUUUGGAACAAGGUGCGAAGCCGAAAGAUGCUUGCAACUGUUAGUGCAUUAGUCUGCUUCUAUACAUGCCCUUGCGCAGCAGUCGCUGGUUAGUCACCAUAGUUUCUAUCUAGUUCACGUCAUCUUCUAUGCCUACAAUGCUUUACACUUCACACGUACAUGUAUUCUGAUUUUUAUUUUACAACGAGGACCUAUCUGAUUCUGCGAAAUGUCGCAACCGCACAGU